UAAUCAGGAAGUAGAUACGGACUGUGAUGGCAAACAGAUAAUAGUUAAGCAGCCGCAGCGAGUAAUACAUUUAGUGUCAAUUAUACAGUUAAUAUUGUAAGUUAUUUGAAAUUAUUCAAGCGGAAUGUCAUGCCCAUUUAAUCACACUGCGGAGCUGAACCCCGCAGUGCUGCCGCUGGACUGGCUCCUGGGAACCUGGCAGUCCGAUGAGCCAGGAGAGGGCUCCUUCCCCUCCAUCGCAGCUUUUCGUUACACAGAGACUCUUCAUUUCUCGCAUGUGGGACAGCCCGUGAUCAAUUUCAUGUUUAAUGCAUUCCAUGCUGAGAGCAAAAGGCCUCUUCACAGGGAGUGUGGAUUCAUCAGGCUUCAGCCGGGCACCAACAGGGUGGCUUUUAUCAUUGCCCAGAACUCAGGUCUUGUGGAGAUUGAGGAGGGGGAACUCACUGGACAGCAGAUGACUCUCCACAGUGCUGCCCUGGCUAGAACAUCUUUUGCCAAGCAGCCUCAUGUUCAACAGAUCUCCAGGCACAUCCAGUUGAAGCCGGAUGGAAGGCUGGAACAGACCGUCUCCAUGGCACUGGAAGGACAGCCACUGACGCAGCAUUUGCACAUCACUUACCGCAGGACUGAUUAACUAUCUGUCACAUGGGAGGAAGAUGUAUUUCUGAAAAGCACAUGGAAGUAAUGUACCCAUCUGACCUAAAAUAUUGAUGGUUUAUAUAUAGCAACCUGCAGGUGUUGGCAAUAUAUUUGUGACUAAGAAUGUUAUCUUAAAGUAAUAGAUGUGAUCUGACCUGUCUUACCAAUAAAAAAAGCUUUGAAAAUAUUGUUACAAUAAAUAAAGGGGUAUAAUGUAACCACAGUAUAAAAAAAUAAAUGUAAAAACGUCUCUUUACAAAUUUAAAUUGUUUAGAGGUAGUUCGUGGCAAAGUUUGUCUCUGAAGAAAAUGCUGUACGUUAUAACAUCUAUUUCCAUAAGAUUAAGUUUACAAAUUGAAUAAUAAUCAAAAUAUGUCACAUCACAUACAUUUUCUCUCCAGUAAAACUUAACACUAAACAUCUUCUUUCAUACGUUUAAUGGUAAUUCAUGGGGAUUCAUUAGUUCGCUUAUAGACUCGUUGCCUUGUGAUGAAUUGUCAUGACAUUCCCACUAAUCAUGAACAAAUGGCGAAUAAUUUAAAGAAUUCAGUUAAUAGAGAUUGCACUUACAAUGAUAAGGUCAAUAAAAACAUCCACUCUGUAAUAUCGUUCAAAUGUUUGGGGUUGUUAAUUUUUUUGAAAGAAAGUAAUACCAUCAUUCAACAGGGAUGCAUUUAUUUAAUCAAAAGUGACAGUAAAGACAUUUAUAACGUUACAAAAUAUGUCUAAUUCAAAUAAAUACUGUUCCGUUUAACUUUAUUUUCAUGAAAGAA